AGUAUGUUUCCGUGGAUAAAAGAAAGGAUCCUCCAGAUAGCAGUUGUCUUGAGACGAAGCCUCAUAGUACUGAGGUGGCCACAACUGUAGGAAUCAUUGGAGUAACACAAGUCAAUUCGACUUCACAAGGCAAGGGAACAAAACGGACGCGUCGAUAUUCAAGCGCUGAUGAAGAUGCUGAUGAUCCAGGUACUAAAGCAGUGCGCGAAAAAGAACGGCGACAAGCGAACAACGUUCGUGAGAGGAUACGCAUUAGAGACAUAAAUGAGGCUCUUAAGGAACUUGGUAGGAUGUGCAUGGCUCAUAUGAAAUCAGAAAAACCUCAAACCAAGCUUGGGAUCCUAAAUAUGGCUGUUGAAGUAAUAAUGGCAUUGGAACAACAAGUUCGAGAACGGAAUUUAAAUCCAAAAGCCGCUUGUCUAAAAAGGAGGGAAGAAGAAAAGGCUGAGGAUGGGCCCAAGCUGUGCAGUCAUCUACCAGUACAUUUAUCUCAUCCACAUACGCAUACGCCAUUACAUUUGACGGACAUGCCG